AUGACUUUCAAAUCAGAGGCCAUAGUUGCUCGAGGUCCCUUCUCUGAGGGAAAAUGGGCAAUUGAGCCCGUGACCUUGCGGGAUCUCAAGCCUGACGAGUUGCUAAUCGAGAUGGUGGCGUCUGGCAUCUGCCACACUGAUCUACACUGCGGGAACACCCCAGAUGAUAAGGGAGUUCCAGCCGUCUUUUACCCCCGAGUUCUUGGCCACGAAGGCUCCGGCUAUGUGGUAAAAGUUGGCAGUGAGGUAACAAAAGCCAAAGAGGGCGACCCCGUCCUCCUAUCAUUCUCUUACUGCGGCAAAUGCCAUGUUUGCAAGACCGGACCACCCUCGCACUGCACAAACUUCUUUGAGAUCAACUUCAUGGGGGAGCCUGUCUUCUCUGACGGGAUUGGCGGUCGCUUCUUCGGACAGUCCAGUCUUGCCCGCCAUUCUGUCGUCAGCGACAAGUGUGUUGUCAAUGUAUCCGGCCUGGGGCUGACCAGGGACGACUUGAAGACAUUGGCCCCUCUAGGCUGCGGACUCCAAACUGGCAGCGGCACGAUCGUCAAUGUAGCCAAGGCAGGGCCUGACGACUGCGUCACGAUCGCGGGAAUGGGCGGCGUGGGGUUGGCAGCUGUGAUGGCAGCAAAGGAGAGAAAAUGCAAGGCCAUUGUUGGGAUCGACCGUGUCGAGGCUCGCCUUGAGCUUGCCAAGUCACUCGGCGCAACUCACGUCAUCAACACGACUGGAUUAUCGAUGGAGCAAGUGACUGAGAAGAUCAAAGAGGCUACCGAAGGGCUCGGGUCAACGAUUUCCAUCGAUACAAGCGCUUACCCGCCACUCCUAGCUGCUCAGAUCGAUGGCACUCGGUACAUGGGCAAGAUUAUUCAGGUUGGGACUGGCAUGCCUGAUUCAAACAUAUCGCUUCACAUGCAGAGCUUCAUGGUCAGCGGAAAGCAGUAUUUCGGGGCUGUACAGGGUCACUCUAGGACCGAGAAGUAUAUCCCUGAGAUGAUUCAGUGGUGGAAGGAUGGCAUUUUCCCUGUCGAGAAGCUGAUCAAACUCUUCGAUUACAAAGAUUUCAGUGGUGCAGUUUCAUCUAUGGGGAGUGGCGACGUUGUAAAACCUAUCAUUACGUGGUAA